AUGGUGGAAUCUGCUGCUGCUGCGUCUCUGCUGGCCCGCGUGCGGCCGUCGUGCGCCGCGCUGGUGGCGCGCGAGUCCUCGGCCGUGCGCGUGAAUGCGGACAAAGUGCGCGUGUUCGUGGAGGAGCUGGACGCCAAGGAGUUCGAGCAGCUCGCCGAGCCCAUGAACUUCCCGCUCAACUUCCGCUCGCAGCAGGACGAACUCAACUUCCUCACGCUCUAUGCGCUGCUGAACUUCGGCAGCGGAUUCCGCAAGGACCUGCACAAGUACGCGGAUCGCGGAGCUCACGACACCAUCGUGUUUGGGCUGAUUGGCAUGUACAUUUCGGUGCCCAAGCUGGAUGCGCAGUUCAUGAAAAACCUGAGCAUCGACCUGGUGGCGUCGUACUUCAGCAUCCCGCUGGAGAAGGACGAGGAGGUCUCUCCCGGUAUCUACAUGGCUAAGCCGGGACCAUUGAAGCCGCUGGCUGUGAUGCUCCAGCAGAUUCUGAACGAGUCCGGUCAGAAGCUGCUUGACCUGAAGAUGGAUGAUUUCGGUGCGUUCGUCUUGGCCAACCUGUCACCGAAAAGUGACGAUGACUUGGAGGAGAAGGAGGCUGUUGGCCCCAGUGCCAACGCCACGUACCUCGGUGACCGGUUUGUGGCUACAUUCCCGGGCUUCGACGACCACUACGAGCUCGAUGGCGAGAAAGUAUACCUGCUCAAGCGCGCGCAAUUGGCCGUCGCGUGCAUUCACCGCCGGUUCAAGGAUUCCGACCCGAAGCUGACGUUCGCUGACAUCAACGAGCUCACGGCUUUCAGCGACAAUGUGUUGCCGUGUGUGCUGCAUGCUCUGGGUGUUCUGGAGUACGACGCGGAGCUGGAGGGCCGUAUCAACCGCGGCGAGGAGCUGCCUGCCGGCCGUCAGGACUGCGAGCUGCGCGCAGCCGCGCUGGUGGCCUGCGACCAGAUCGUGGAGGCGAGCAAGGGCCGCAUCAGGACCCUCGAGCUGGACUUCUACCUCUGGCGCGUGGGCAAGGAGGAGCGGUUCCGCGGCCUCGAGCGCCACGCCACGCGCGACACGUUCUUCUACUAGUUGGUCUACAGCGAUCAGAACGAGAGGACACCGCGUC